AUGGCAGACGUCUCAGGGCACGGCGCUGAGGGCGCCGUUGCAAAGGAACCAGCAGAAUACCAGGGAAACGUUUCCAACCGCAGAGGGGAGAGCAGAACAGACUGGCCGAAUCCGCUGUUUCCGGAUGCGAGGUCGGCAGCUGGAGCGCGCCCUGGAGCUCUUCAAGAGAGCUCGUGUUCGGUGGCCACCUCUUCGUCUUCUUCCUGCUCGAUAAAGCCAGCCGAGGGACGAGACUGCGCAGAAACAUCGCUUGGCGGGAGCGCUUCUUAUGGGAGAACCAGGGAAGGCGCAGGGGCGUCAGGAGAAGACUCAGCUGCGUGCGCGCCUGCUCAGUUGGACGGGAGAAAGGGAAAGAAGGCCCUGGCACGAGGCAGCGUUUCGGGCGGUCAUGAAGCAGUUGAAGGUGGUGAAAAUUUGGAGGACCGCAUUCCCUGUCCGGUCGAUCCGCGACACUCCAUUUACCUGGGCAGGGUUUCCGCUCACGUGAGGAAGUGCACGAAAAUAAGAGACAUGGCCUUUGCUCACCUGCUGCCCUUUGUCCUUCCUGGAUGUAACUGCGGCGAGACGGGAGAGGCCAACGGAAAGGCCGAGAGAGCGAUUGACCAGGCUAGUAAGCGAGAAGGCUCGAACUCAUCGGUGCGCUUUUCAGGCGACGAUCAACCCCGAAAGCCUGGAGCAGGGGACGGUGAGCCGAUAGAAACGAUAGUCGAAACAGUUCGAAGCGAGGGCGCGGCCGCCGACACGAAGCCUGACACAUCUUCACCCUCGCCUCGCAUCACAGUGUGCAUCUCGCCCUCCUCUUCCGCCUGUCUGUCGCCGUCUCCUCUGCCUCCUUUGGACAUUGAAGAGUUGCACAAAAGAGUUCUCCGCGCAGUGAAGCAGUGCUGCGAGGAGCUCGGACUUUCUCUCUCGCUUGUUCUGCCACCGGCUUCAGACGAACUAGCACAGGACACUGAAGAGGUAGAGAGACACGAGCGAUACGGGUGGAACCCCGCGGCUGAGCUUCUUCGAGCAGCUGCCGUGUCUGAACAGCGCGCGACUCACGAGCGGGAUGAUUUAACCUCUACCCGAGCUGAAAAGACGGGACACACCGAGCACGAAGGCUCUGUUGUUUCCGACACACUGGGGAGGAAACGAGGCACUGACGCAGAAGAAGAAAGGCGAGCGUCCAUCCUCAUGGACUGCAUUACGCGUGCCAGCAAAGCAGCUGCCCAGCACCGACAGCGCCAGAGGCGAGGCUCCGUAAGCGACCCAGCUGAACCCCAAAACGGAGAAGGUUCGACAGAAGGCAUGUUUCCCUUAGCUUUCUCCACGUCGUUUCUUGAGUCUCUCGGGCUGUCUCCUCUGGCGUGGCUCCGGAAGGUGAUGGCGCUCAUGGACAAACAUGACGAACAAAAUGCACAACUGGUCGCCAUCUGCGCCCUCGUCGGGUUCCUCCCCACGAGCCGGGACGCCCUGCAGAGUCUCCUCGUCGUCGAGCUUGGAGCCGGGAAGGCGGCACUCACUCGAUGGCUUGCCACCUGGACCGUGGCAGCUUUUGCGGAUGCAGCCAAGCGGCGUGCUUCAGCAACGCAAGCGAGUGGGGGCCAACCGGAAGAGGCCUGCGUGCCGGGCGACGAACACCCGAAGAAAAGAGAAAGAGCCGCCGCAGAUGACGAGAUAUCGCAUGAGAAAGUGAAUCCAGACGUUUCGCUGCAAACCGAGGAACGAGACAGGGGAAAGGUGGUCGGUGUCCGGUUCGUGGUCGUUGAGCGUGAAGCGCGAAGAAACGCCAAGGAGCUAAAGGAUGAGGAGAUGCAGUCGAUGAGCGCCAAGAGGAUCCGCAGUGAAAACCAUUUUAAAAAGAGGAAGCAUGCCGGCGCUAUGGAGGCUGCCAGUUCAGAGGGAGGCGAAAGGCAGGAUGAUCAGAAUGGUAGCCGUGAGGACCCGCGCUUUGUCCGCCAUGUCGUCCGCUUGCGGAUCGACAUUUCUGACUUCGACUUACGCGCAAUGCUUCGCUACAUGAAUUUGGGAGACUCCCGCGCCCUUCGACACGAGGCGUCCCUCGAUGCGUACUGGGAACUAACGAAGCAGCUGGGCUUCAAAGGUGGCGCGGACAUGAAAGAAAUGGAAAAUUGCCUGGAAAGUCACUUCCUGAACAAGCCCGCAGAGCGCGUGCUAGGAGUUGCCAAGCACCUGUGCGGGGGUGGCACUGACGUUGCCCUGCGGUGCUUUGUGCGAUGCCGGAAAGCUUUUACCGAAAUAAAAGCAAUGUGCCCGAGGCAGUCCACCGGGGACAGUGGCCUGCAGCGUGAAGCUGUUGCAGAAGCAGGCCCGAGGAGAAUCGUGGAUCCGUCCGAGGUUUCGCUGUGCCUUUGCAUUGCCCCCUGCUGCCACCACAGAUGCGACGAACAGUCUUUCGUCGGCGUGGAGAUUUUGAGGAAACUAGGCUUCGCCGACGAGGAAUUUCCACGCCUUGCAGCCGCUACGGGCUUCCGCGGGCUCAUGAAUCUGGCGCGCCAGCAAAUCGGCGGUCGAUGCGCUGUUCUCGCAUCUUGUCUCGGAAAAACUGUCGUGCUUGACAACGUUCAGGCAUCUGACUCUAUAUUAGAUAUAAAACGACGUGUAGAACAACGCGAGGGCAUCCCGGUGGACCAACAGCGUCUGGUAUUCAACGGCAAACAGCUGGAGAAUGGAAAAACGGUCCAAGAUUACAAUCUCUCGUUCAACGAGGAGCGCCUUAAUCCUGCUGGCGACGUGCUCACGUAA